AGUUUUUCGAAUUGAAAAAUGGCUUCACCGCCAUUAAAUGAAUCUUUAACCAAUACUAGGUUAAAAAGAUCCAGCGAUUCUGAUUUAAAAAUGAGAAGAAGAAAAUAUGGAUCAGUAAUGUCUCUUGAACCAGCUGUCUUUAGCGAGCAGUUGAAAGUGGCCGACGAUGAACUAGAUUUUGCACUAUUACACAGACAAGAAAAAUGGACAAACGUUCAGAGAAUUGCACUAUCAGUCCUACAAAGAAAACCAAUAAGUGGUAAAGAUGUAUUCUCAGCAUAUGAAAAUGUUGUAGAUUCCGUUGUCUUAAAAUUAACAGAUUUAGCAACAUGCCUAGACAAAGUUGGUCCAGACGCUAGUGACGCAAUCAAACAAAUGUUACUUAUUUUGCACUUAAGUGAUAGAGAUAUGCAUUCUUAA